UCCACCAUCUUAAUAUGUUGUCAUUAUACCUAGUGGAUAAACUUAAAUAAGAUAAGACUUAUUUUAUAAGAUAAGAUAACUUUAUUUAAUCCCGAAGGAUUAAUAAUACACACAAAUCACAUUUUAAAAACUUUUUUCUCUCUUUAACACAGUGAAAAUGUACAUUUAAUCGACUAAACAGUGUACUCAUGUGUCACUGAAUUCCCGCGCAAUGAAAUCCGUGUCGGUUUUCAUUCAUUUGCAUACCACGCCCUUUUUCCUCACUUGACUCGAGAAGAGCGGUUCCUCAGACUGGCUUCCAAAUUCUUGCGUCAUGAUCUUUCCCCUGAUUAUCAGGUCCUCUGAGGGGCAGGGCGCGUUCACGUUUUGGGGCGGUCCAUCUGACAAGCGCGUGAAUAAAAUCAGGACCAUGGAAAUGAGCAGGACACAGAAUAGCAACAUAAAGGAGAAGUGUAAAGCCCAAACGCUAGGAUUGCGACUUGGCCGCGAAACAAGGGGAAAUACUGCAUGCGACUAUGCAGCACUGUCGAGCCACGAGGCGACACGAGCCAGGAUUGCGCCGCGCUACCGGAUUCCUGAUCCUGAUGCUCUGGCUCCAAGCAUCACUACGCGUCACUCAGGCAUCAGUUAUUCAUCAGCAACCCAAUGAUAUCCAGGCAGGUGACCAGCAAAGUGUCCAGCCAUCUAAGAAUGUUAGACGUGCUUGGGAGAUAGCGCAUCUACUGACUGCAAUAGGAAACAAUGGGAAAGUGGCUCCUUUACAGAAGGAUGGCAUUUACAUUUGGCGGCUGUACCACACAAGAGGCAACUUCAAACUGGAGGACAACAGCACAACCCUUGUUGUGCCUAAGAAUGGCCUGUAUUUAGUGAAUCUGAAAAUGUACUACUAUAUACCGAAUGAUCCUAUGUGUAACCAAACGUUGUUUCUGAAAACCAAAAUUGAGCAAUACAGUUCUGCUUACCCUGUGUGGAUAGAAGUCAUGAAGGGUGGAGACACGAUGCAAUGUGUGCAAGACUGGCAUCAGUCUGUUACUUUAAGUCAAGUGGUUAGGUUUGAAAAAGGAACAAUGCUAAGAGUUGUCAUAAAUGAGAAGAAUCAUCAUUUUAUAGUCGGGGAUGCCAGCACUUACCUCAGUGUCACUCGUCUGUAGUAUGGUUCCUACUUUAAAUCAAAACUCACAUUUUGGUGUUAAUAUUAUUUUCUAUUAUUGCAUUUAUGUGCAAAUCACGAAGCAAAAAAGGGACCAUUGCUUUUUAAAUAUAUAAUAUUUGUUUGCAUUUUGCUUGUUUUAGUAGAGGUUUUUUUUUUAAACUACAAAGUAGAAAUUCUUGUAAAACAUGUUUCCUUAAGGAAUUUAUAUGCUGAAUAUCAUAUAUUGAAUAAAAAAUAAGGCCUUUG